CCAGAAAUCGAAGAAAUCAGAGAAUUUUUCAAACGCCAAUUAUAUAUCCUACAAUCAGAAAGAGAAGUACUAAUUCAGAGGAAUGAUGCAGAAGCUCGCGAGAACAUUGAGAAAAUCGGCGGGGGAUGUCGACGGCGACGACGACUACUCGCUUCCAACUCGGGACGACUCCCGUCCGAUUGACAUCCAAGAGCAAGAGGAAUUGGUCCGGUCCCUGGAGAAGAUUCACGCCCAACAGUCUCUUCUAUGGAGGAGUGUGUUUGCCGGACUGCUUUUCUGUUACAUGAUUUUCCUGGUUUAUUCAAUGUAUCAACAGGCCUUUUCUCCAUGGGAUUUGCAGUAUCAUGCUUACUUCAUGUAUGAGAUUGACUCAGGGAGCAUUGUAUUUGCAGAGCUGGUAGCUGUUAUCACAUGUUUGAUGAUCAUCACUGGCCUUAUGCAUCACUCAAAGCGCCAUCACCUUUGGCUUUGGUACUCUUUUCUACCUGGUACAUUAUUGGCGAUCUUCUGGUUGCACCACAUGCUGAGGUUGGCAAAGUUUAGAUGGGAAAUCAUGUGGGUUCCUUUGGCGCCAUUAUGUGGAGCUGGAGUAUGCCUAUAUGUGGAUAGUUUACUCAAUGGGUCAUCUGAAGAAGUCAGGAAACUUCGAGGAUAUAUGUAUGCUUACAAGGCUUACUAAAUUUGUUUGCUCUACCUACAGAAGGAUCUCCUAUGUACAGGGCUUGCCACUGUUCUUGGCUUGUGCUUGAUCCAUGGAUGAGCAAGUUAUUGCUUUAACAAGAGGGCCUUUGUUUCUAUUUGAGAUCCAUGCAUGUUUUAGCUGUGCAAUAUACGAUUUUGAGAUGAAGUAUAUAGUGGCCUACAUUGCUAGUUGAUUUGAUAUUGUACAUAUCACAAUUUUUGCUUAUGAUCAGAAUAUCAGGUUGGCAGUUCAAUCA